AUGUUCAGAGAUAGAACCAACUUAUUUCUCUCCUAUAGAAGAACGUUCCCUCAUAACACGAACUAUAAUCUGAUAACAACUCAUGGCCUAGAAGAUUAUGGGGGUGCCUUAGAAAAUGGCAUUCAUGACGAAGAGUCUUAUCCAAUGAUAGAUAUGAAUACAACAUCAAAUACUGGAGUCAAAAGUACUGAUGGUAGUAAUUUGCUCAGUACAACUACAGAAACUAUGCCUCCUGAAUUUGUCGGCUAUACUAACGAUAUUGAUGAAUACUUAUUACAGGCAGCACGAUUGAUGGAAUCCCUUGGCAAAUUAUAUAGAAAAAACUCCUUACCAGGUUUUGAAGACAAAAGUCAUGAUGAGCAAGAGAUUGAAGACUUGAGUUAUAGAAUUACUCAGUAUUUCCAAAGAUGUUAUAAUAUAAUGAAAAAAUUACAAACUAUAUUUGAAGGACAAGUUUUCCAGAAUAAACGGUUGAAUAAGGGAGAAUUAAUUGUCUUGGAUAAUUUACAAAAGAGGUUUGCUCAAAAGAUCCAAAUAUCAAGCAAUAGAUUUAGGGUACUUCAAAAUAAUUAUUUGAAAUUCUUAAAUAAAGAUGAUCUGAAACCAAUUAUACCAAAGAAUUAUGAAAAUUCUAAGCAAUUAUUGAUUGAAGAAGAAGAACUUGCAAAUUCAUCAAAACAACAAUUUUUAGAUCAAGGUAUUGAGGAUUAUUCCAGACAAACCUUGCAAAAACAAUUGCAAAAAUCAAAUCAAGUUACUGACCAAUCACAAAGGUAUCUUGAACAAAGAGAUGAAGAAAUAACAAGCUUGGCAAAAGGUGUCCUAGAAGUGAGCACAAUAUUCAGAGAGAUGCAAAGUUUAAUUAUCGAUCAAGGCACUAUUGUGGAUAGAAUUGAUUAUAACUUAGAAAAUACAGUCAUCAAUUUAAAGGAUGCUGACAAAGAAUUAACGGAAGCGACUCGUUACCAAAAAAGAACUCAAAAAUGUAAACUAAUAUUAUUACUAUCAUUAUGUGUAUUAGCACUAUUUUUUUUUGUCAUGUUAAAACCACAUGGUUCAAAGACGAUCGUUAAAUAUAAAGAUAACAAUCAUGUGAUAUUAGUAGAUUCACCAACUUCAACUACAAGUGUUGAUUCUAAACCAACCACAUCUGUAUCACUACUUCAACAACAACAGACAGUACAGGAAGAUCCACAAAUACAAGGACAAACUGAGUUGACCAAUCAGGAACAAAAUCAAGAUAACAAUGAGAGCAAUGAUGGAAAUAUUAACGAUGUAGAUCUGGAAGAAGUUCUCAAUGAAAAUAUAAGUGCAUUUGAGGAGGACCUAGAGAGGCUUCAGGAUGGAAGUAAUACCUAG